CGCCUGCUGAGGUGCUCGGGUCGCGUCGAUCCCCUCCUCCUCCUCCUCCUCCUCCUCCUCCUCCUCCUCCUCCUGCUCCUGCGCCUCGCGUCCUGACUCUCUCCCCUCCUUCCCUCAGAGGAUGUCCGCCUUCCAGGUCAACCUCAACCCGCUCAAGGAGCCGCUCGGCUUCAUCAAGAUCCUCGAGUGGAUUGCAUCCAUCUUUGCUUUUGCUACCUGUGGAGGUUUUAAGGGCAGAACUGAAAUUCAAGUGAGCUGUCCUCCUAAAGUUACAGAUAAUAAAACUAUUACAGCUACUUUUGGGUAUCCAUUCAGGUUGAAUCAGGCGUCAUUUCAGUCACCUUCAGGUGUCAACGUGUGCGAGGUACGUUGGGACAGUCACGUCCUCAUAGGAGAUUACUCCUCUUCUGCGCAGUUCUAUGUCACAUUCGCCGUCUUUGUCUUCCUGUACUGCACCGCGGCCCUCCUGCUGUACGUCGGGUACACAAACCUGUACCGGGAGAGUCGCAAGCUCCCCAUGAUUGACUUUAUUAUUACUCUUGUGGCCACUUUUUUAUGGUUGGUCAGUGCUUCAGCCUGGGCUAAAGCUCUUACAGAUAUUAAAGUAGCUACUGGACCCAAUAUUGUCCAAGAACUUCUGCCUUGUAAGCCUCCAGUGACAUGUCAGUUUGGCUCUGUGACUAGUAUGGGAUCCCUAAAUGUGUCUGUGAUCUUUGGCUUUCUGAAUAUGAUACUUUGGGGAGGAAAUGCUUGGUUUGUAUACAAGGAGACCAGCUUACAUAGUCCAUCAAAUACUUCUGCUUCCCAUAGCCAAGGAGGUAUCCCUCCUCCUACUGGAAUAUAACUGGAAGGAGAAAUACACUGCGUGGAUAAGUGUCUCAUACUGUGCCUUGUUGCCAACAUCUUGAGAAGCAUUAUUUGUUUCUAAUAAAAAGUAAUGGCUUUGUCAAUAAAUUGGUGGGUUUAAAAUUUUGCUGCUUUUCUACAUAAACUUGUGCCUUUUCUAGAAGUUUAAGAUGUAAAUGUAUUUUUACAUGUAAAUUUGAAAGUUCAGGAGCUUAUUAUGAGAUGAUACAUAUUUUUAAGUGAAUAGUAAUUUCUUCACUACGUUGUUUUCCUUCUAAAGUGUUUACACAGAAAGAUUUAACAUACACCUUUCAUUCAGAAAACAGUUAUGUUAUAUAUCAUAAUAGGAAGAAAAUAUUUGGAAUAAACACUAUUGUAAGUUUGUACAGAUCAUAUACCUAAGGACCUGUCUUUAAGAAAACCUUGAUAACAUGAAUUAUAUUUAGAAAAAAAAUUUAGUGCAAAAUUUAUAUCUGAAUAUUUCUUCAUGUUAAAAAAUUAAAUUGUGCCAGGCAUGGUGGUGCAUGCCUUUAAUCCCAGCACUUGGGAGGCAGACAUAGGAGUAUUGCCAUGAGUUUGAGGCCACCCAAGACUACAUAGUGAACUAAAUUCCAAGUUAACCUGGGCUAGGGUGAGACCGUACUUCAGAAAACCAAAAAAAAAAAAGAAAAAAUUACAAAGACUGGGUAUGUUUUUAUUUCUGUUUUUCUAAAUGACCUGUUGUUCUUAUUAAGUGUACUAAAAUUGUGUUAGGAGCAAGGACGUGCAAAUUUCUAACAAGUGUGUUUUGAUUUGGCACUUGUGUUGCAUGAGAUAUUAUAAGCUUGCUUUAUUACUGGUGGUUUUUCAUAGCUUGCUGAAUUAGUAGAAAGCACAUGGUUCAGGUAGCUGCCUUGUGUCUGUGGGCAUUCUCAGUGACGUUUGCUAUCCUUUCUUGCUCAUGCCACGUUAAGUGCAGGUUGAGACCCACUCUCCUUGCAAGUAGAGUAAAACCAUCUACUUUUCUCUGCAGACUUGGCCUUUCUUUGUAAACCCUACUUAGAGGGUUACUGAAAGCUAAGGUUGCCUUUUCCUUUUGAAACAUUUAACAUUUAGUCAAUGAAGUUACUAUUCUGAGUUUAGUUAGCAUUGAUAUUGUGAAAAAUAACUGCAAUUUGGAUUUCUUACUUCCUGCUACUCAUUCUUCGCAGCAGGGUGAGUAGGAGUUAGGCAUCAUGAAGGAACGCGAGUUAGGCUGUAGUACAGUGCACCGCCACUGCGCACGUGUUUCGGGAUUUCUGAACAUAGCAUUUAUAUUUUGCUUCCUAAUCUUUUUUGUUGUACAGGGAUCCAGACUUCUUUUGUCACAAGAUGACCACUUAUAUGUAAAAUACAUCUUGCUAUUAUCUUAUUUUUGUUGCUUUUAUUCUGGCAAAAAAAAGUGUCAAUAUGGGAAUGUAUAUGUAUAUGCAACACACAAUAAAGAAGUUAAAAGAAA